GUUCUAAAGAAACGGAACAAGUGACUCUGUACUACGAGAUGUCCCUCGACUCACCGGAUGUAGAUCCGUCUAGUACAAGUACACUCGAAACCGCAACAGGCGUCAAGCACACUUCUGAAUCUCCUACCUCAUCCCCUACAACUUCUGCUUCUCCACAAAAUCAAAAGCCACAUCCUCCGCCAAUAAGUUGCACUACACAUCAUCAGCAGCCUGAAUCUCCAGCAACGUCCGCAAAAAGUGGUGCAAUGUCCCGGCAACUAAGCGAAAUGAACAAGACUGAC